AUGCGGCCCGUGUCCCUCCCGCAGAUCCCCAGUGGCCCGGUAGCCGCGGGACUGCUCGCGCUGGGCACGCGGAGGCAGGCCUGCCCCAUUCCCCCGGAGCCGCCGAUCUGCCCGGAGACGUGCGCGGAGGCGCCGCCCUGCGCGUGCCCAGCGGCGCCCGCGCGCGUGUGCCCGGAGCCGGCGGCCUGCCCGCCGACGGAGCUCAGCAGGGAAGAGGUGCUGAUCAUCGGCGCGGUCACCUGGGCGGUGCAGACGGGCAUCGGCUGGGCCAUGGCGCUCGUUGGGCUCGGCGCGGAGGCGGAGUUCUUGAGGCGCCUCCUGCCAGGUAGGCACUACCUGGCCUGGUGCGAUGGGGGCGGCGUGUACCACGAGCGGGUGGCUUUGUGGCCGCAGACGCACGCCAGGUGGGUCAUCCUGACCCCAGACUAUGACAUGUAUUCGGAGAUGCUGGACGGCAGCGAGGGCGUCGACGGCGUGGUGCGGAUCGUCGGCCUGCGCCCCGACGGGCGUCUUCCCCGGCUCGACAAGCCCGCCUACAGGUUCAAGGAGGCGCUCGACCUGGACGCCCUGAAGGGGUACAUCCGCGAGGGCCGGCGUCUGGCCCUGCAGGACGGAGCUGCGGCGGGUGACCCACCGAUCGAGGUCGCGGACGUGGUGAUGCCCGAUCGUGAGGUGGUGCCGCUCGACACCCUGUUCGGCGGCCGCUUCCUGCCUCGCCGCCCCCCCUUGCGCCGCGGCGCAGCGGCGGCAGCGGCCGGGGCCGACAACGGGCCCCCUGGCGACGCGGCUGCCGGCUCCGACGCGGGCGCCGCCCCCGCGCUGGGCGCUGCCGGCGACGGCGCCGGCCCAGGGUAUCCCCGGGCGGGGCCGCUGGACACGCCGCGUGGUCACGCGUGGGUGCUCGCGGAGGGCGGCCGCGCUGGCAACCUGGGCGAUGAGGUGGUGCUGGGGCCAGAUGACUUCAGGCUCUCGGACUACGACGCGAUGAUCACCCGCCGGGGGCAGGGCCGCCGGGCCGAGCUCGUCCCUAUCACGGAGGUGGACGAGUUCGUGCGAGCCCGCCGAGAGGAGCUGGCCGACCAGCUGAG